UUGGAAAUGUCCGUGAAUCCUUCAACUACGCCAGAUUGACCGAUGAGCCACGUUUUCUUGUCAUGGUGCGCCCUAAAUUAUGCUUGUUUAGUGAUCGUCUUGGCAGUUGACUCACGUUUAAGCCUACGCAGCGUCAGUACUGAAAUUUCCGAACGCAAAGAUCGUCCUGAAACGCAACACCAUCAGAAUGAAUCCUUUGGGUGUGUUGAGUCACAUCGUCCAAUGGAUUCUCUACGCAGGGCUCUACGGAUAUCAGGAUUACUAUCCAUUACUUACGGCCCUACGACACGUCCGCUCCCCAAAACCCUCAACUUCUGAAGACGGCACAGCAGCAGGAAUUCUAGGUCGAACGAAUAACACCUCAUUCUUGUCGACGAUAUAUCCUAUCAAAGGCUUGGGAACAUGGCUUGUUGGCGCGGCUGCAAAAUCCGUUCUCGAGUUCUACCUAGAAAAGUCUCUUCCAGCUUUCCUUAUGAAAUGCGUUACAACGAUUGUUAUCGCACCUUUGAAAUUCCUCUGGAUCCGAUCGAUCAUGUCCGAAUAUCCAAUAUCUCUAGACUCAAACAUCAGACUCCUUCGUUGCGUCACGGCUAAGCAGUGGUUUCACUUCGUCGGUACCCUAUUAGCUUGCAACAUUAUCGAUGAGAUACCAGACCUUGUCGUCAAGCUCGGCCUCUUCUUGUUACUAGCAAACGGUGUCGAUGUCGUUGAAGAAUGGACGAAGGAAGAUCCCACGAUGAUUGGAAUCAUACUUAUCGGCGUUUUCUUCACGUUGAAGAUCAUGCAUGCGGUCAUUAGGGUUCCAGAGACGGUGGCGGGUGUUGAAGCUGCUCCUGAUAUAGAUGAGAAAGGGCAAGGCAGGAGUACGCGUGAAGUCUUGGUGGAUAUUAAGACGUCGCUGAAAAGCAUGACCUUUUCAUUGUGGUUCAGAUUUGUGGUUUAUCAUUGUAUCGCGUUUGGUAUGGCUCGCAUUGCCUCAGCUGUUGGAAUCUUGGGCAAUAUGGAGGUGAAUAUUGGUUGGAAAGACCCUCUAUAGAAUCAAGAACUAUG